GAAUACGAGACAAUUCAUACUUGGAGUUUUUAUUACUUGGCCCCUUGACUCGUCUUACCCGUUUUAUAGACGAACGAGUGUGAAUUGAACGUUUGUUUACCUCUGACGUUACAACUGCUACUACUACGUCGACUACUAUAUAUAUAUAAAAACUUUUAUAUAACAAGGAGAUAAAAAAAAUAUAUAUAUAUAUAUCAUACUACAAGAAGAAAAAAAAACUUUUAAUACAAUUUAAUGAAAGAUUGCUGUUAUUCGAUGGCUGCUCAGGACUCGUUUUUAAAUGAAAGAAGUGCAUUGACAGAGGAACAACAGUCUAAAGGAUUUAUAUAUAGAAAUCAGUUACCGAGGGCGUAUCGCAAGCAACUGACCAUCCAUUAUUGUAUAAUUGGUCUACUGUGUCUGCUUAUCUGCAUACUAAUUGGUGUAAUAAUAAUCAUUACGUCAUCUCCGGACCAGAUACUAGUAGAGCAACACAGAAGCCACACUAAGAGGCACCACCACUCGCGACCAAGCGAAGAUAAAAAACACAUUGGCGUCUUUACAGAGAUCACCGAGUCCGAAACCCAGUCCAUCAUUAAAUAUCUAAAAGUCAAUGCAUCGUUAGAACUCUCUGAUCCUACAACAGCCAGACCUAAUUCAAAUUUUGUUCACACUAUCGAGCUGAAACUGGCUCCCAAAGAACAAGUUCUCAAAUAUCUUGACCAUGAUGGACCAAUUCCUGUAAGGUCAGCCUUCGUCUCUAUCUUUAAAGGUGCAUCCGUUACACCAGUUGUAGAAGAAUAUGAAGUCGGCCCUCUUCCCAAUAUAACAUAUGCCCAUUUGCUCAAUACGACUUCACGACAGACUAGAAUACCCUUCAACGUUAGACCAUUUUCUAUGGUAGAGUUCCGAUCCAUAUAUACCGAUAUAUUACCAGUUGUAGCCAAGAAAGCCAACUUCCUGCUGAAUGAGAGUUAUGGUGCUGAAUUUGGUAAGCACUGUGGUGACCGAUGCUUGAGGUUUUCUAUGACGCCCAUUUCAAGUGCUUAUCUGGCCAAAGGAGAACGUAAAGCAUGGUUCUGGUUUGCAUAUGAUUUAGAAUUUUAUACGCUGCAUCCCUUAGACUUUCAAUUCCUUGUUGAUAUGACUGAUAUUAAUCCGGAAAAUUGGCUGGUCCAAAGUGUCUGGUAUUGCAGCACACUCUUUGGCUCACUUGAUGAACUCCUGGACAAAUAUAGACAAAACACGAUCAACAAAACUAAAGUACCUUAUCCGGCCGUCAAAGAAGAAGAAUUACUUACAUCACUCCAUCUGCGCGGCGAGGCUUUCCCAACACUCAACUUAGAAGCUCCUCGACAGUUUGAACCUAAUGGACCCCGUUAUUCAGUUGACGAUGAUGAAGUUACAUAUAUGCAAUGGAAAUUCACCUAUAAAAUGUCACCAACGAUAGGAUUGCAGUUAUUCAAUAUUCGAUUUAAAGGCGAAAGAAUUGCCUAUGAACUUAGUAUGCAGGAAAUAGCUGUUCUGUAUGCUGCAAACAGUCCAGCUUCCAGUAUGUUAUAUUUUGCGGAUAGCGCAGGUUUGUUUGGUACCAGAACACGUGGUCUGCUCCCAGGUGUCGACUGCCCAGAUUAUGCCCACUUCCAGGAUAUAGAGAUAUACACUUCUAAUAAUGGUGGCUACAGACGUUUUGAAAAGGCCAUGUGUAUUUUCGAACAGAACAAUUUGAUGCCCUUGAGAAGGCAUAGAGCCUAUGGUAAAAUUGGUGCUUUUUAUGGAGGACUUUUAGAUAUUAACUUAGUUGUGCGGAUAGUCAUUUCCGUAAUUAACUAUGACUAUGUGACGGAUUUUAUCUUCCAUACCAACGGAGCAGUUGAAGUAAAAGUUGCGUCUACUGGAUAUCUUGCUUCAGGAUUCUAUACACCAGCUGAAGACCAAUACGGUACCCGGAUAAGAGAAAACGUCAUAGCGCACCUGCAUCACCACCUCUUCCAUUUUAAAGCUGACAUAGAUAUCAAAGGAACAGCUAAUCGUUUUUCAACAUGGACAAUCAAAACCGAAAACAAAACAGACGAGUGGUCUUCAGCUCCUCAAAACUGGCACAUACAAACUAAGAUCAAGAAGAGUUUGAAACAAUCGGAGUUAAGUGCCGUUCAUAAAUAUAACUUUAACCAUCCCAAAUAUCUCAUAUUUUCUAAUGCCAAUCAAACUGAUAAACUUGGUAAUCAAAAAUCAUACCGUUUAAAAAUAAAUGGUAUCUCCAAAAUGAAGCUUCCUCGGGGUCAGGGGUUCGAGCCUUCCGUGUCGUGGUCCAGAUACCAGAUGGCAGUGACGAAACAAAAAGAUGCUGAGUAUACCAGUAGUUCUGUAUAUGCCAUGUGGGAUGCCAGGGAUCCCGUGGUGAACUUCCAGAAAUAUCUCGAUGAUGAUGAAAACAUCGUAGAUGAGGAUUUGGUUUCGUGGAUCACCCUAGGUACUUAUCAUAUACCUCAAACAGAACACAUGCCAAAUACUCCAACAGUAGGUGGUCAUCUCUCAUUUAUGUUGACACCAUUUAAUUAUUUUGAAGAAGACCCUUCUAUGUCUUCCCGAGAUGCCAUUCGGAUUUCCCCGAAAGACAAAAAACGCCCACUCGAUGGGGCUAAUGUUGAAAGGUAUGGAAUGCCUACUGAAACAUCUUGUGUUAAAGACAGCGAAUCGCUGGAAAACAUGUUAACGAAUAGCAGUCGUUUCUUAUUCUUCUAAAGACAGAAAGUGUGCGAUGCGAAAAUGAACAUUAACUUUGAUAAAAAAAAGUUUGCCAAACUUUGAAACUUAUCUCAUUAAACCAUGACUAAAACCCUAGAACUAGUAGAGAUAUGGGAUGUUGUUGUUGUUUAUUAUUAAAACAAUAGUCCGACAACCAUUGUUCCAAGUUGGUGACAGAAGAUCUGUUUAAAUAAACUAUGACGGCUUCAUUAUUAAAUAUGAAGUGAGC